ACUGGAAGCCUCGUACUUCUGCAAGAAUGAAGACCAUCUUGCCCUGCCUUCUUGUUCUUGCCAUUAGUGUGUCACUGUCUGAUGCUUCUUGCUUCUUUAUGGAAUGCAAGCCAGGGAUGUCUGACGGUGUGACUGUAGGCUGCCUUGACUCGGAAGGAAAGCUGCAUGAAUUUGGUUCCCGAUGGAGGACAGACGACUGCAAUGAUUGCUCCUCUUUCAGGCACGGUAUUAGCUGCUGCUCUAGCUAUGCAACACCAGUUGACUACGAUAAAGAAAAGUGUGAAAGCAUUUUCAACAAGGAGACCUGUUCUUAUAAAGUGUUGGAGAAAGAUGAUCACUCAAAAGAGUGCCCAGUCCAUUCUUGGGUGGCAUAA